UUUCAAUCCCCCCUUUCCCCUUCACUAUCUCGCGAACCCAAAAACCUUAAAGAAAAAGACCAAACCCUACGAAAUAGCCAUGUUACCAGACAGGCAAGGUGGUGGUGCACCCCACGGAGUAAUACUAGCAGUGGUGGUAGGUAUCGUGGUGUUGGCUCCUUUCCUGUUUGGUGACCAUGGUGAAGCUAUAACUGAAGCCAUUUCCGAGCUUUUGACUCCCAUUGGUCUUCUCCUUUUGCCCAUCAUCCUCCUCCUUGCAAUCCAGUUCCUUUCCUCAGACCGUGGCGUCUCCUUCGUAUCCAGAAUUUUCUCCACCGGUGAACCUGACACUAUUCACCGAGUCAGUGGCUCCCCUUUUGGAGUUGCCCUGUUUCUUGUUCUCAUCUUGUUCUUGCUUUACAAUCGUGUUUCCAUCUUUGGCGGUGGUGAUGGUUCUGACGAUUGACAGAUUCAAUCUGGGAGAGCUUUUUCUUUUCUUUUUUUCGUUUUUGUUUUGUAUACGGUAUAGUGCGUAGAUUUUUUUUUUUCAUGCAGUAUUUUUGUGAAUUUUCGUGAAUACUCAAGUGGUCUGAGGGCAUUGUUGUAAUUUAAUAAAUGGAGCGUUGAAAAUUUUUAACUGAUAUUACAGAAUUGUCUUAUUGCACUGUUUAAUUAUACGUAUAUUGCUGUCUUUUAUCUUGCUGACUGUUAAUUAACGGUGGAUGGGGUGGUUGUCUGA